AUGGGCAUCUUCAUCAAGCUCCCACAAGAACUCAAUGAGGUUGACGUUAUCAUUGCUGGCGGUGGUCUUGCUGGCUGCGUAAUCGCUGGCCGUCUUGCUGAAGCCGAUCCUCAGCUGUCUAUCUUAGUCAUCGAGCAAGGACCCAACAACUAUGGAAUCCCUGAAGUUGUCCACCCUGGGUUAUACCCGAGGAACCUACAUCCAAACAGCAAGCUUACUCUGUUCUGGCAAGGCAACCAGUCCGAGCAGUUAGCGGGUCGAAAGCCAAUUGUCCCUUCUGGAGGCACCCUUGGGGGUGGCAGUUCGAUCAACUGGAUGGUUUAUACCCGAGCUCAGCGAUCCGAUUUCGACUCAUGGAAGACGGAAGGAUGGAGUGCCAAUGACCUCUACCCCUUCCUGAAGAAGUUUGAGACCUACCAUGGCUAUGGCGAGAAAGAGCACCACGGUGAUAGCGGGCCCGUAAAUGUCUCCAGUGGCACCCACCGAUGCAAGCACGCCGAGGAUACAUUUAUCAAUGCAGCUGAUCAGCUCGGCUACCACGAGCUCAAGGAUCUGCAGAACCUUGACUCGAACAACGGCACAGAGCGAUGGAUGAAGUACGUUGGACCGAACGGUAGGCGUCAGGAUGCUGCGCACCGCUACAUCCACCCGAAGCUCCAGAGCGGAAAAUAUCCCAAUCUCCAUGUCAUGACCGAGAAGCAAGUCAUCCGCGUUUUGUUCGAUGAGAACAAGAAAGCCGUCGGAGUUGAGUAUCAGACGAACCCCAAGUACUUGCCGAACCCAGAGUAUAUGACGGCCAAGCAGACUCCUCGCGUUGUGAAGGCGCGCAAGAUGGUCAUCCUCUCUGCCGGCGCAAAUGCUACGCCACUGAUACUUGAGCGCUCGGGAGUUGGCAACCCGGAGAUUCUGGGACGUGCUGGAGUGGAUGUCGUCGCAGAUAUGCCUGGUGUCGGCCAUGAUUACCAGGACCAUCACUUGAGCCUGUGGUAUUACCGUACAAACCUCGAGCCGAAGGAUACUAUCAACGCUUUGAUCGAUGGCCGCUUGGACGUUCAACAGGCCAUCCACAAUACUGACGAGCGCUUGGGUACCAAUGCUAUGGAUGCUUCCGGCAAAUUCCGUCCUACUGAGGAAGAUGUUGAUGCACUUGGCCCAGAGUUUCGGAAAAAGUGGGACGCGGAUUUCAAGAAUGCUCCUGACAGGCCGCUUAUGAUCAUGGCGAUGUAUCUCAGCUAUUACGGUGAUCACUCGAUGCUGCCCGACGACGCUGAGUAUGUCUCAAUGGCAAACUGGACCGCCUAUCCGUAUUCUCGCGGUUCGAUUCACAUCACUGGGAAGGAUGUCAACGAUCCUAUCGACUUCAAUACUGGCUGGCUUCAAGACGAGCAUGACAUUGACGUCAAGAAGCACAUCUGGGCUUACAAACUGAGCCGAGAAAUGUGGCGGCGAAUGAGCAUUUUCAGGGGUGAGCUAGCAAGCAGCCACCCACGCUUUCCCGCGGGCUCGAAGGCUGCAGUGGUCGAGCAGACCGACGGGCCGAUUGGCAAAGGGAACGAGCGCAUUAAGUACACCGAAGAGGAUGACAAAGCCAUCGAGCAAAGGGUCCGCGAGAUUGUCAGCACGACAUGGCACUCCCUCGGCACUUGCAAGAUGGCGCCCAAAGACAAGAUGGGUGUCGUUGACAAGGACCUGAAUGUUCACGGCUUCACGAACCUCAAGCUGGCUGAUCUCAGCGUGCCUCCCGAAAAUGUAGGCGCGAAUACCGGUAACACCGCGUUCGUAGUCGGCGAGCGCGCUGCGGACAUCUUUAUUAAAGAGCUAGGACUGGGCCAGCAGUCGAACGGCGAGAAAGAGGAUGCUCCACUGAAGAAGGUCGAUUCGCCUCUGGCAGUCAACUGA